UGUAAAAAAAAAAAAACCCCAACGAUAUAGAUUACAAUUUCUAACUUCAGUGUAAAUAAUUUAAUUCACAAAAAUCAUAUGUUGAACAAUCAUCAAUUAUGUUUAUUUAUUUUCAUUCUAUCUAAAGCUGUAUCUAGUGAAGGUGCAGAAGAUAAGGGAUUAAAUAAGAAAUUUAUGUGGAAUGAUGUCUCACUAGAAACGAGUGGCCAGUGUCCUCCUAGUCCAGGAGGACAUAGUUCUGUUACAAGUUACCCUUGUUCUACGGCUUUUUCUGAAAGAUCUGUAAGUGAUAUUUGGUCAUUUUUUAGUGGUGAUACACGAGGAAGCAUUGCAUACCCGCCGCCAACACCACUCAAUGGCACACUUGAGGCUGGCAGCAUGCCAUAUCCCUCUCCUGCACAACUUAGUGGUACAUUCGAUUGGGGAUUCAUGGGCCAUCCGUCAUCAAAGAAAAAAAGGCCAUAUCCUUCGCAAAACCAUGCGCAAAACCCUGUAAUCACCAAAGAUGCCAAUCGAACAUGAAUAAACGAUGCAAAGAGGUUUAUCCGCCACUAAACAAGGUCGCAGAGUAAUCUUGCCACGAUAAAAACAAGUUGUUUUUCAAAUUUAAUCUAUUCUAAAAUGUCUUUGUGAACUAUCAACUACCUCAGUGUUGACCAGCAUUUUUCAUAUCUAUACUGUAAUUAACAUACACACAGGUAAUUUGUUUUGUGACCAGGGGCGGCGCUAGCGGGGUCCAGCAAUGUCGUACUUACAAAGCUGUCGAAUUUUGUGGUUAAAACCUGUUUAGUGCAGGCAGCGCUACUGUAUGUGCGGGGUGUUCUAUAUUGCGAUUGUAUGGGUUGCAGUGGGGGAUAGUAUCUCACAGGGGGUCAGUACCUCCGACAUCCUUUUAAAAUGAAGAAUCCCAUAAUUAACACAAAUAUUAUUAUCGUAUAAUAAAAAGAAUUCCCGACAAAUUCAAUUUUGUUCCCGGCGGUGGGGG